AGCAGCGACAGCAUCUACUCUGUUACCGGAGGACGACUGCUCUCAGUUCCUGAGCUUUACUGCUGUUGUGCUGAGUCCCGUAAACUGAGCCAAUACCACACCGUUGGUGCAUCCCUGACAAUAUUCAGAAUAACUGUUUGUUUUUUAGGAGGAGAGAACCUUCCCGUUUUCAAAAGCAACACAGUCUCUGGGUUAACCCCCGUUUCCCAGAGACGCACAAAAGACGCACUCCAGAGGAGUCCACCAGGAUAGCUGACAAAGCGGUCCGGUCCCGUUCGAGGUUCAGUGGGGAGAGACGGUGAGGAGAAGUUAGCGCGGAUCGAAGGCAAGAGCAAGAAAGAGAGAAGACAGAAUGAAUCUCAAGAGUCAUUUGAUUUUCACCCUCUACACUAUUUAUGGGAUUCUUCUGAAAGUGAUGGCUUCGAAGGGCAAAGUUCGAGGCAUCAGCGGUCAGUACCCUCUGGUUCAGAACAUGACUGUGACAGAGGGCGGGACGGCGAACCUGACCUGCCGUGUGGAGUAUAAUGACAACACCUCCCUCCAGUGGUCAAACCCAGCACAGCAGACCCUCUUUUUCGGGGACAAGAAAGCUUUAAGGGACAACAGGAUUGAGCUGGUGCGUGCAUCAUGGUCUGAGUUGACCAUCAGUAUCAGUGAUGUCACGCUGUCUGAUGAAGGCAUGUACACCUGUUCCCUCUUCACCAUGCCUGUCAGAACAGCCAAAGCCUACCUAACUGUUCUAGGUGUGCCAGAGAAGCCGGAGAUCGACGGCCUGACAAAGCCUGCCAUGGAGGGAGACCACAUCACUUUGACCUGCAUCACUCAGGGCAGUAAGCCUGCCGCCGACCUCCGCUGGUUCAGAAAUCAAAAGGAGGUCAAAGGUGCCAAAGAGGUGAAUGCAAGUGGGAAGACAUUUACAGUACGGAGCUCUCUGCAGCUGCACGUGGACAGAAAUGAUGAUGGAGUGGCCUACACCUGCAAAGUGGACCAUGUGGCACUCACACAGACACCACAGGAGGCCACUGAAGUACUGGAGGUCCACUAUGCUCCUCGUGUGGAGAUCAUCCACUCCCUUGCAGUCCCUCAGGAGGGUCAGUACUUAAAGCUGGAAUGCGUGUCCAAAGGAAACCCUUCGCCAGAUCCUGUGAUGUGGACAAAGGAUGGGGGUGAACUUCCUGACCUGGACAGGAUGAUUGUAGAGGGGAGGGAGCUCACCUUUACUUCACUCAACAAGACAGACAAUGGCACCUACCGCUGCGAAGCCAGCAACCACCUAGGGACCAGCAAUGCUGAAUAUGUACUCUACGUCUACGACGUCCCCACAACCCUGCCUCCAUCCACCACUCCCCCCCUACAUCCCAUCCCUCCAGAUCCUACUGCUCUAUUAGGCACCCACGUCUCAGACCCCACAGUCACUGGCAACAGAGAUCCCAAUGCUGUGGGGCAGCACGGCACUGACCAUGCCUUGAUCGGAGGAGUGGUGGCUGUAGUGGUUUUUGUCACCUUGUGUUUAAUCAUCGUUCUGGGAAGAUACCUGGCCAGGCAUAAAGGAACAUACUUGACAAACGAGGCCAAAGGAGCAGACGAUGCGCCUGACGCGGACACAGCCAUCAUAAACGCUGAAGGCAACCAUGCACACGCAGAAGAAAAGAAAGAAUACUUCAUUUAGACUGCAGAGGGAGCUGUGCAGCUCUCCAUCCUCUUUCAAUCUCCGUAUCUCUUUUUCGCUCUCUGUCUCCCCCGUCUCUUCUCCACCUCUGUCCACUGCCCCCGUCAACAAGGAACCCGCUGGCAGUCCACAGACAGAGACGUUCCCGAAGUGUUUUCCUUUUAUUGCCUUUUGUUGAGCCCAUUUGUAUCAUUUCCAUCUUGUCCUUUAUUUCUUCCCAGUUUCUUUAUUUCUUGCCGGUUUUCACAGGCAGCUUGCCGUUGCUGCUGAGGUUGUCCCCUUUCUCAUAUUUUCCCUCAUCUCUGAUAUGAAUGCCUGGAAGUCUGCAUAUCUACCAUGACUGCAUCUUACAUGGCCCUCAGUUCGUCCUCUCUCCCUCCAAACAGACACCCAAACACAAACUAUACCCCCUUAGUUCACACACGUCCACAAACACAUUACAUAUCUCACAUCAACACGGUGCCUAAAAAUACAGACGCCAUUGAACUUCUGUCAAUGCCUUCAUGUAUCGUCUGUCAGUAGCAAUGUAAAUGCUUCGUAGAUGGUUACCUGGACCAUCAUUUCAUUGCUUAGCUCACAGCUUUUGAUUAAGCAUUGCGUCUUUUUUAUUUGAAUGAGGAUUUUUGCUGUUUACGCCUUAUACAUGUCAGUCACACUGAAUAUGGUACUUUUAGAUGAUCCACCUCCCCUCAACCGUAUCCCGUCUAAAUAGACUUGUAAUUAAACAGUUGACCCUUUGUAAGAUAAGAAGAAGGUUUUGUGUAACACUGUUGCAAGCUUUGUCAGAUAAGUGUAUAAUAUGAUUUUCAUUAUUAGGAUAGGGGUAAGAAAAGGGUAGUGUGGUAUUGUUUAGAGCAGAGAAUACAGAGUUGCUAGAUGAAGCAUUCCAUCCAGUACACUCAGUCAAGUGUAUAAAACCAUUUGCUAAAUCUGCUGUCCCUAUGUACUUUUGUCUGUAUAUUCCUGCACUGUCCAGGCUGCAGUUUAGCGAAACACCAACACCUUCAGUGUCCUCCUGACAGCUUACAAUAGUUUGUGAUUCACUUAAAGGGUUCAGGUGUACAGAAUAAGUCAAUCUCCUCUCUCUAAAAGGUGUAUAAAUUGUAUCGAAAUGAGUUUAGCUUUUCACUUUGAAUUAUUUUGUUUAUGUUUAUGUCACAUUGGAAUCAUUUUAAAGGCUUAAGGACCCUGUGAAAUGUAAAAUUAAACAUUAGGAGAUAAUAUGGGACUAAAACAAAUACACAGUUACAGAAUGUAAAGGAAAUUUUGUGUUAUAUAAAUUUUCCUCACUCUUUUAGUCAUUUUGAUUAAUACCUCUUGUAAGCUUGAGGUCCAGGCAGCUUUCCACAGUGAUUUGAACGCACAUUUCUGGUCAUUAACCGGCUCUUAGAUAAGCAUCUAAUCAUAUAAUUACUUUAUAAAAGUACUGUAAAAAAAAAGGUACCGAUAUCUGUUUGAGUAAAAUCACAUUUUCUGUUUGUAUUUCCACCUCCAAAUUAAACCCGUAACUCUAACAAUUUAGUUAAACUGUUGAUAUCACCAACAUGCCAUACACUCAAACUGCAAAACUGCUCUUAUUUCCAUUUUAUCUGAGUUGUCCUCCUUGAACUGAACUCGGAUUUCCAUUUCAUGGGGUCUUCAAACAACAACAACAAAAAAAAAGAAUAGUUUGUGAGUGCUGGGUCAUGGAUCUGCAGGGGCUCCUUUCCAAAAGUAAAAUCUGAAGACAAAUAGAAAAGCACAAAAAUGUCUGAAUGAGUAAAUGUGUUCCCUUGCCAACAAAAAGAUUGCCUUGAGAAUGGUUCUUCUAUUCAAAUGAAUACUGGAAAGAUAGACAAGGCUGUCUUUGAUUAAAUUCUGGGGGAAAAUACAGUGCAUCUUUUUGAAAUGUAAGCUAAAUCAUGUUUUUUAUAAAACAAUGUUUCUAAUAUUUUUGGUUUCAAUGGUUCUAAGCUCCCUGCUGUAUAUUGUGUCUGCUAAAAUGUGGUUGAUUGUGAAAAUUGCUGUUAAAUUCUGGAUUCCCUCAUUCCUUCAAAUUUGUAUAUUAGCCACCUUAUCUAUUUACUUUUUUUUUUAUUUUUCAUUGCAUAAUCCUUAUUAGAAAACGUUUAAACAAAUGUAUUUUUGUUUUGGCACAAGGCAUGUAUAUAAUGUGUGAAAACUAAACUUUGGUAAUACACAUUAGCAUGUUUUGUUUGGUUCUUUUUCAUGUUUAAUUUAUUUGAAUUGAAGUUAUUUAAGAGAGAACCACAAUGAAAGUAUGUUUGUAACUUAAUUUUGGAGAACAGUGGCUUCGUGUGUUUGUGGCGUGCUCUUAUGUGCUACAGAUUGGAAGGAUUUGGUAUUGUAUAUGAUUAACAAAAAGAGACAAAUGCAAAAUUCAGUGAAACAAAUUAUAGUGUCCUGUACAUUGGCAAUUUGUCCACAGAAAUAGAACAAAAUGCACAUCUGUCUUUGCCAAAUCCUUAAAAUACAAAUUGGAAUUGCAUUUAAAGAAACAUUACAUUUCACACACACUAACACAAACAUAACAUCCCAGUAAACAACUUCGGUUUCUUUUCAUUUAUCCCUGCCAUUCUUCUUUCAUCAGUUUUGACUGUUUUACUUUCCUGUGAAAGGGUGAUAAACACUGUGGCCUCUGGAACUAUAAGACUUAAAGGCAAGGCACUAAUCUACUAAGAGCUAGCAAAUUAUUACCAAGGGCAAUAAAAUAGUGGGCCCAGCUGUCUCCAAUUUGAUGGCCAAUUUACAACAUUAUGCAAAUAAGGUCAGCAAGUAAGGUCUUUUCUGUGUGUUAUAAUGCAGGCACUGCUGGAAUGAAUCACAAGUUGCGAAUCAUAGAUCGAUCACCUCAGUUUUUGCCUGAAUUUACGAUGCAUAUUUUAAAUAUGUUAAUUAUUUGUUUUUAAAAAUGCAGAAGCUUUGCCACAGUUUCCAUAUUUUACCAUUUUAGUGCACUUCAAUCAAUAUACCACCACCAUUUACAGGUUUGACUUCAGCCUCACCACAAACUUUCAGUAGAUCCAGACUAAAGCAUUCUAGGCUGGCUCUGGUCUUUAGAAACCUUCUGUAUCACGUGUGUGUAUAGAUACAUUUAUCACAAUGAUGUAAUGUCUUGUUUUCUUUUUUGUUUCUUAAAUCAAUGACAGUGUCAAUCAAAUUUUCCAUUGCUUUACGCCCAUGUAUCCAUGUUAGAAAUAAGGGAUUGGUCAAAUCAGUUGGUUGAUUCUGAAGUCAGAGAAACAGGCUGUUUUAUAUUCAAUGAACACUCACAAAAAAAACAGGUCUGCAGUGAUGAGUUGGGGUUUGUAUUGGAAAUGAAACAGGUGCCAUUUACUGAAUUAUGCACUCUGACUAAUUGGAUGAAUAUUUGUUAGUAAAUGGUGAAAUGUGUUUUGUUUUUCUUUCUGAAGACCACAUGUAAAUAUUUGUUUUGACAUGACAGUAAUGAGCUAAUUUGUUGCAAAUGGCUUUUUAUGAUAGUUAGACCAAACCUGAAUCUUUUUUAAUUUGUUAGUAUAACAGCCUGACAAAAACCAUCAUGCACUAUUUUACUAUGAUAGAAUCAAGUGUAUCUCUGUUACAGCUUGGGGUCAGAUAUUAGUCAUAUUUGUUUUGUGUUGUUGGUUGAAACUAAGCUUUAAACUUGUUGCCUCCUUGCUUUGCAACUUACAGUAUAUCGGUUCCUUUAAUGUCCACUACAUCAUGGGCCUCUAAUUUCAUUCUGGUGGCAAGACAGUAACAGCGCUGACAUAGUCACGGUGCCAUUUUGAUUGGGCUCAAGUCCAUUUUUUAGACUCGUCUCUGUUUUGUAAUUUCAUGGCUCAAACCAAAACCCAUUUUCUUUGACUAAAGGUGGGAGUGGUGCAGCUGAGGUAAUGUGUUUAUGCAGAUCAGGCAGUGCAGUACUGGCAGUAAUUUAGCACAAUUUUGUGAACAAUUUUCACGUUGGUGGUGGCACAUGCAGACCUAUACAAAAUACAAAAACGUUCACGUAUGCAUGAGUUUUGCCUCUUUCACUGUAAAUCAACUGCAGCAGUUUGUAAUGGGUUCAAUCAGUGGGUGAUUUCUAGAUGUAUUGUCAUUGACAACUGCUUGUAGAUUGCGGGAUCGUUCUGUUUUAGUUGAUUAAACCUGCAGCCAUCAGCAGUGUUCUAUUUGUAUUAGGCAACAGACAGUAAUAAUGGAAACACAUUUUACACAUUCAGUUACUGUCAAUGUUGACUAAGUGCAGUGAAAUGAUUACUUUAUAAAAUAACAUCAUAUCACAUGAUUCUACAAACUCAACUCAAAAAUCAGACAUCAGAACAUCCGUUGACGCAUAUUUUGGGAGCUGUUGAUGUGUGCCUUUGCGACUCUGCACCUCCAGUUUGCUUCUUUAACCUCCUUCUACUUGUCUACUUCUUUCAAAGAGGGAUGAGAGGAGCUGAUGUGAUUGGUGAUUAUUGCGGCUGGUCCAAACUCCACCUGCUGAUAACUGCAUUAUGCAUUCAUCCUGCUACAGUCUUUUUACCACACUGCACUGCCCUAGGAGCACCCAAAAUAUUCGGGCAUAUACACGUGCAUUUGUCUCCCAGCUUUGUGCUAGCUAUUGUCCCCAGUUUCAGGAAAUUAGAGGCCCAUAUCAACUAAAAAUAUCAACUCAGAUUCCCUGAUUAAAAAAGGAUGAAUAAGAAGGUAAUGGCCACUUUGAGUCAUAAUCUGUCUAAAAUACUUCUUUAUUUAACUGUGUUGGUUUACAUUUUGUUUUAACUGAUGGUUUUAAUGGUAAUGUUUUCCACAGCAGUGAUGAUUGCAUGACCUGGUCAAGGCCUAUCUCUCCUCCUCUGAUCCUUCAUAUCCCUUCAAAUGUCUUUGCUGUACAGUUUGGCUUCAGUGCACUUCUUUGUUCUCUCUGCAGUAUUGACACUAGAAUCAAUCCGCCCAAUAUCGAUAUUGUCACAAUGAUGACAGCAACAUGUGGCACAAUCGCAUUUAGUUAAUUUUUUUAUUUUAUAUCUGUUUCUUUUGUUUUGCAUCUCAGGAAUAUAUUUCAUUUAGAUUGUUUGUUUGUUUGUUUUCCGUCUUAAAACAGGGACUUGUGAGCACUUCUCACUCUGAUAGUCCCCAAAUUCUGACACCAUGUAUUUUGUUGAGUUUAAAAUGAUCACAAUGUUAAUAAAAAUUAUUCAGUGAUUCUUCA